GCAUUCGGGGACGUCACCAGGCUUGCAAUGAAAGUGGGCUUGGCAUCAAAGCAUAAAACUGUCAACCCUCAGACGAACUGACGAGCCCAUGACGUUCAUCCAGUGAGAACAGACGUGUCCAAGCGCAUUUAAAGUAGUGCUAUCACUGAAGUUCGUUCUCUCUUUUUCUAACUGUUCCUCCUCUCACUGUUUCCCUCAUCAAGCUUGUUCUGCUCUCGCCAGCAAUCCACAAUGGCCCCCGAUAUCCCCAAAGAGCAGAAGGCUCAGGUCAUCACGGCCGAUGGCGUGAUGACGUUAAAAACCAUCCCCGUCCCCACUCCGGGCCCCCAAGAAAUCCUGAUCCAUAUUCUGUACUCGGGCGUCUGCCACACCGACCUCCACGCCCUCAACAACGACUGGCCCCUGCCCCGCAAGACCCCCCUGGUGGGCGGUCACGAAGGCGCCGGCGUCGUGGUGGCCAAAGGAAGCCUGGUUGCUUCGGGCCAGGGCGUCGAUGUCGGAGACUACGUGGGGAUCCCCUGGCUCAACUCCACCUGCCACCACUGCACCUUUUGCAUGCAAGCUCAGGAGAUGCUUUGCAGCGAGGCGCAGCUCUCGGGGUACACGGUCGAUGGCAGCUUCCAGCAGUACGCUGUCGCCAACGCCUCGCAUGUGGCCAAGAUCCCCAAGGAUAAAGGGGUUGAGUUGGACGCUGCUGCGCCCAUCCUGUGUGCGGGUCUGACGGUCUACACUGGGCUCAAGCAGAGCGAGGCCCGGCCGGGGCAGUAUGUGGCCAUUGUGGGCGCGGGUGGUGGUUUGGGAAGUUUGGCGACACAGUACGCCAAGGCUAUGGGCCUACACGUCAUUGCUAUUGACGGGGGUCCGGAAAAGGGGGAGAGCUGCAAGAAGUUGGGGGCCGAGGUGUAUGUGGAUUAUUUGAAGAGCAAGGACCUGGUGGCGGAUGUCAAGGCGGCCACGGCGGAUGGGCUGGGACCGCAUGGGGUUUUGCUACUGGCCCCGAUGGAGAAGCCGUUUCAACAGGCGACCGGGUAUGUGAGAUCUCAUGGGACGGUGGUUUGUAUUGGCAUGCCAGCGGGUGCCAAGGUGAGCAUGCCGGUGUUCGACACCGUGGUGAGGAUGGUGCAGGUGAAGGGGUCUUAUGUUGGGAACAGACAGGAUAUGGUGGAGGCGAUAGACUUCUUCCUCCGUGGGCUGGUGAGGGCACCGGUCAAAGUGGUGGGUAUGAGCGAGCUCGGUGGUGUGUUUGAUGCCAUGAGGGAGAACAAAGUGGUGGGAAGGUAUGUACUGGAUACCAGUCGGUAAGCCGGAGGUAACGAGGUCUCUCAUAAACGCGUGGAGUGUCACAAGUUUCAAUAAAACGCAGUUCGGUGGAGACUCAAUGCUGGCCUCUGAAUUCUGUGUGUGUCGCCUCUGGGGAAAAGGGAGACUUCUGUAAGGCUAUAAUACAGUAAUGUGUGGAGAUGGGAGGACAAGGUUAACUAUAAAGUAUCUCAGUUAUAGCUCAGACGUUGCCCUUUAUGACCAUACAACAACAACCCCGUGUUCCUGCUUAUAUCUUC